AUAACAUCAUACAUCAUAUACACACUGCGGAUGAUUAAUACGCCACAUUCAACUGCAAUCAUCUAACAGAUAGAUACAGCAGGCAAAAACUGUGAUUAUAAUGGAUGGGGAACUGGUUAUAAUGGUUUUGCUUACUUGUCUUGGAAUAUUUUCUGCAAAUGCAGCAACGGUAACGGUUUCUCCAAACGUCAAGGCUACCAAAGGAGACACCUCUGUGAAGUGCCCUAAUGGCUUUGUAAGAUACGAGGAAUCCUGCUACAGCUUUCACUCCGAGGCAUUCUCCUGGCCAGAGGCUCUGGUGUUUUGUCAAACAUUCAAAAACACUCUCGUGACCUUAAGAUCAACGGCCCAAUAUGAAUUCCUGCAAGGCAUUUUGGCAACGAUCACAGGUAAUUGAAUAUCUUGCAUAUUUUUUCAAACUAAGCAUUUUGUGC